AUUAGGCAUUACAGAGCCCCUUGUUAAAGCCUGAGGAAUGCUUCUCGUUCUUUCUUUUUUAAAUACUUGUUUUCCACUUGACCCUCACAUAUGCAAAGCCUGACUUUGUAAUGAAAUGAAUGUAUUUGAUGAUGGAUUGGAGAACUGGAGCUAAAAUUGAAAAGCUGGUUGCAAAGGAAAAGCAGAGGCCUUUUCUCCACCCUGCACAACAACACAAGUUCAGCAGAAUGGAUGAAGACGCAUUUAGAAAUGUCAGCAGAAAGCCAGGCCUGCAAAUAUGGACCAUCAACAACAUGGAGAUGGUGCCUGUUCCAUCUCAAGCCUUUGGCAACUUCUUUGAGGGAGACUGUUACAUUGUUCUUCAUAUAAGCCAGGGCAAGGGGGGUCAGUCAGCUGAUAUCUACUACUGGAUCGGAAAGGAGUCAUCUCAGGAUGAACAAGGUGCAGCCGCCAUCUACGUCACCCAGCUGGAUGAGUAUUUGGGCGGGACUCCGGUUCAGCACAGGGAGGUGCAGGGCAGCGAGUCAUCCCGAUUCAGCAGCCUUUUCAAACAUGGGCUGAUCUACAAGAAGGGAGGCGUGGCCUCAGGCUUUCAGCACGUUGAGACCAAUGUCUAUAACGUUUUGCGGCUUCUGCAUGUCAAAGGAAAGAAGUGUGUCAAGGCCAGAGAGGUGGAAGUGUCAUGGAACAGUUUCAACUCUGGCGACAUAUUUGUGCUGGACAUGGGAAAAAAUAUAGUGCAGUGGAAUGGCCCCCACAGCAACAGAAGAGAGAAACUGAAGGCAGUUUGUUUGACCCAGGACAUUCGCGACAGGGAGAGAGGUGGCCGUGCACAGAUUGGGGUGGUGGAAGGAGGAGACGAGGGGGACACACCAGAACUGAUGAAAAUCAUGACUGCAGUGCUCGGUGAAAAACCCAGGCAGCUGAAGGAGGCCGUUCCUGAUGAAAACGUGGACGAGCAGAGGAUGCAGAACAGCCACAUCAGGCUCUACCAUGUUUUUGAAAAUAACGGGAACUUAGUGGUCCAAGAGGUGGCCACGGAGCCUCUGACACAAGACCUGCUGCGCUCCUCGGACUGUUAUAUUUUGGACUGUGGAGGCUGCAACAUUAUGGUGUGGAAAGGAAAGCAAGCCUCCAGGGAUGAACGGUGCGCCGCUCUGAAGAGAGCCGAGGACUUCAUCAAAGCCAAGAACUACCCACCUAGUACCAAUGUGGAGGUGAUGAGCGAGGGAGGAGAAUCAACAAUGUUCAAGCAUUUGUUCAAAUCCUGGAGAGAUAAAGAUCAAACUCAGGGUCUGGGUACCACCUACAGCGUAGGAAAGAUAGCUAAGGUCAGCCAGGAGACGUUUGAUGUGAAGGAGCUCUAUGCACACCCUGAAAUGGCAGCACGGCAUCGCAUGGUGGACGACGCCUCUGGGAAUGUUCAGGUGUGGCGCAUUGAGAAACUGGAGCUAGCAGAAGUUGAUCCAAAUACUUACGGAGAGUUCUAUGGAGGCGACUGCUACUUGGUGCUCUACGAAUGUCAGAAAUCUUCCCGGCAGCAAUAUGUACUCUACAUGUGGCAGGGACGUCAUGCCACUCAGGAUGAGAUCACAGCUUGUGCCUACCAGGCUGUUAAUGUUGACGAUAAGCAUAACGGUGCUGCGGUCCAGGUCAGGGUCAUCAUGGGAAAGGAGCCUCGUCACUUCCUCGCUAUCUUUAAAGGCAAACUUAUCAUCUAUGAGGGUGGCACAGGCCGACCAGGAGCGGUCAACCCAGCCACCGGUGCGAAACUCUUCCAGGUGAGAGGGACUAACGAGAUGAACACAAAGGCCACUGAGGUGCCAGCAAGAGCAUCGUCUCUAAACACCAAUGACGUGUUCGUCCUGAAGACUGAGCGCACGUGCUUUCUGUGGUAUGGAAAGGGCUGCAGCGGGGAUGAGAGGGUAAUGGGAAAAGCAAUCGCUGAUGUGGUAUCCAAGCAAGACAAGCAUGUGGUGAUGGAGAGCCAGGAGCCAGCUGAAUUCUGGGUAGCGCUGGAUGGAAAGGCGCCCUACGCUAGUGACAAACGACUGGAAAGGGAGGAGCCUCCUCACAGCCCCCGGUUGUUUGAAUGCUCCAAUCAGACAGGCCGGUUUCGGAUGACUGAGGUUGAUGACUUCGCCCAGAGUGACCUUGAUGAGGAGGAUGUUAUGCUGCUGGACACCUGGGAGGAGAUUUUCUUGUGGAUUGGAAACUCAGCCAAUGAAUAUGAGAAAAAGGAGACAUGGAACAGCACAAAGGAAUACCUGAGAACCCACCCUGCAGGCCGGGACCCUGACACGCCCAUCAUCAUUGUCAAGCAAGGCUGUGAGCCGCUCACGUUCACUGGCUGGUUCAAUGCGUGGGAUCCUCAUAAGUGGAGAGGAGGCAACUCCUAUGAGGAGUUGAAAAAAAAGCUGCGUGAACAAGCAUCUCUGUCACAGAUAACUGUAGAUAUGAGUAACACUAACAUGGGUCCGGCCGGGUCAGGCGGGGGUGCUUACAGAGCUCCAGGAGGACCUGGGAGCAGCCUUCCAGUUUAUCGAUCACAUGGAGGCACUCCCACCAGCCCUUCCAGUCACCGCGUUCCACCACCUCUCUCUCCAUCGGCUAGUGGCUCCGGGCAGUACUUGGAUCCAGAACUGCUCAUCAACAAGCAGGUGGACGAGCUGCCUGAAGGAGUGGACCCCAGCCGCAAGGAGGACUAUUUGUCUGAUGUGGACUUUGAGAGCCUGCUCGGCACCAGCCGCUCCGACUUCGACCGCCUGCCAGUGUGGAGGCAAAAGGACUUAAAAAAGAAAGCAGGAAUUUUCUGAGAAGCCAGAAAAAUCAGGAAUACUCUGUAAAACAACAUUGUCAAAUCCAGUAUGACUCAGUUUUGUUAUUGAUGAGGUUUGCAGAACCAGGACAUUUAAUUAUUUAAAAACUGCAAUGAGUUUUCAAAAUUGGCUGGAAUUAUUAGAGCUUGUGCAUUGCUACAUUAUUUUGUUAAAAAAAAUCACUAAUUUCAUAAACAUUACACUAAUUUAUACUGAGAAUAUUUGUGAUCGUAUUCACCUAACUGGUAUUUGCCUCAUUUAAAAUAAGAAUAAACACAGAGAAUCAUACACUGUGGA